AUGGCCUACAACUUUGUCAGGUCGUACAUCGACACUUUCCGUGAGCGCACCGCCGCCAUCAGCCACACAUCGACGUUCCGUGAGACGGGCCAGAUCACGCCCGAGGAGUUUGUGCUUGCUGGCGACUUUCUCGUCUUCAAGUUCCCUUCGUGGCAGUGGGCGGAUGCGUCAUCCCCAUCGAAACGCGUCUCAUACCUGCCUGAGGGCAAGCAGUUCUUGGUAACGCGCGGCGUACCCUGCCACCGCCGUCUCGACGACAACUUUGCUGGAGAAGCCGGCCAAGAUGAAACGAUAGUUAGAGACGGCUUUAACGCCGGGGAAGGCGCAACCGAUGACGACGGCUGGCUGCGUACUGGUGGCAUGGCAGCUAGCCAGGAGGCCAAGGUCCGCGACGUGCGGACAGUCGACGAGAGCGGCAACCUGGGCGCAGCAGAGGAUGACGACGAGAUCCCCGACAUGGAGGACAUUGAGGAUGAUGACGAGGCCAUCAUAAGGGAUCCACAGGCUGAGUCAAACACGCAGGCUCCUCUGCGCACAUACACGCUCUACAUCACAUAUUCAGCACACUACCGGACACCACGGUUAUACCUCUCUGGUUAUGGCUCCACCUCUGUUCCACUAAAACCCCAGGAGAUGAUGGAGGAUAUUGUCGGAGACUACAAGGACAAGACCGUCACAAUCGAGGACUUUCCUUUCUUCGAGAACCCUCUCAAGACGGCCUCAGUACACCCUUGUAAACAUGCAUCCGUCAUGAAGGUGCUUCUCGACCGCGCUGAUGCUGCCUUGAAGCUGCGACUCGCCAAGCUCAAGGCUGGCAAAGACGUUAGCAAGCUCGAUAGCGGCAUGGAAGCCUUGGUUGAUGACACACGGUUACUGAAGCUAACCGAGCAAGCCAAGGGCAAGGAUGGUGAGGAAGCCAAGGACGACUGGGAGGUGCUGAGCGAGGGUGAUGACGAAGAGGUGGCUAUACGCGUGGAUCAGUAUCUGGUUGUCUUCCUCAAGUUCAUGGCUAGUGUCACACCAGGCAUAGAGCAUGACUUCACUAUGGGUGUUUGA